AUGUCAUCCAAGUAUGAUGAGGAUGUUUGUGACAAUCCAAUUUUUUGUAAAAUAUCAUCAGAAUUUGCUGAAUAUAUAACAAAAUUGAUAGCUUCCAAAGGGAUAGUAAGUAAAAUAAUGUCAUGCCUAGCUAAAUAAUCAGUUUAGACUUUACUAAUGUGUCAGUUUAGAGUACAAAUGUUCAUGUUGACAAAUCUACAAAAUAGAAGCUAAAUGUUUAUGUUGACGAAUCAUCAAAGGAAUGUAGGCGCUUAUCAAUUUUUUAAUUGAAUUUAUCCUAAUAAUUUUAUUUUCAACAGAUUACCAAAUCUGGAUGUUCUUAUUAUUUAUUUUUCAAAAGACCCUAGUAAACUGAAAAUUAAAUAGCAGUAUUGUUUUGUACUUAAAAUUUAAGAAAUAAAACCUGAAAUUACUCAUGCAAAUCAUGUCGUGCCAAACUUACUCAAAAGCAUUUCAAAUUUCCAGCUCUGUGUACCAAAGUUUUCUAUAGCUGCAAGUAUCAGCCUUUCAAAACAAGAUGUUGAAGAUCACAUUUUGCUGCCCACCAAAGAUGUUGUUGAUGACAAUGAUGACUUCAAAACAUGUUCUGGAAAGGCAUGUUCAAACUAG